AUGCACAUUCGGAGUACAGUCGGGAAAGUUCCUCAGUUUUAUGGUGUAAGAGAGAGGAAUCGAAGCAAACCCCAAGAAACUCAAAGCAUGAAGUUGCCCAUGAACUUGAACGAAGUACAGAAAUUGGCGGGCAAGAUCACAGCUCUGAAUAGGUUUGUAUCCCGAUCAACGGAUAAAUGUAUUCCUUUCUUUCAGGUGCUUAAAAAAGCACGAGAGUCAGAUGCCAGGUGCGAAGAAGCAUUUUCUCAGUUGAAAGAGUAUCUAGUUAAGCCACCAUUGCUCAGUCACACCAAGCUGGGAGAGCCACUGUCAUUAUGCUUAGUAGUAACUCCAGACGCAGUAUCUGCUGCGUUGGUACGAGAGAAAGGGAAGGAGCAAAAGCCAGUGUAUUAUGUAAGCAGAGCGUUGAAAGGAGUAGAGACCAGAUAUCCAAAGGUGGAGUUGGUCGCCUUGGCUGUGAAACUAGACACCUCUGAACGGUUAGUCAAAUGGUCAAUUGAACCAUGUGAAUAUGACAUCAACUACAUACCGAAAAGCGUUGUGAAGGGGCAGAUACUAGCCGAUUUUGUAGCAGAGUUCUCCAAUUUCAAAGAAGAAGUCCACAAGCCACCCAAGAAGAAUCCAUGGCAUGUGUAUGUAGAUGAGUCAGCCUGCCGAGCAGGUGGAGGAGUCGGGGUCUACAUAGUAACAAGUGAGGGGAAAGAAUUAUACCACGCAGUACGAUUGGAGUUCAAGGUGACAAACAACGAAGUUGAGAAUGAAGCAGUACUUGUCGGUUUGGCAAUCACGAGGGUAUUAGGAGGCGAAGAAGUCGAGAUGAAAGCCAAUUCACAAGUGGUAGUUGGGCAAAUCAUAGGGGAGUAUUUGGCGAGGGGAUCCAAGUUGAUAAAAUACCUUCACCAAGUACAGGAACAAAGUAAAAAUCUCAAGUACUUUCGAAUCGAGAAGAUACCUCGAGGAGACAAAUCCAAAGCUGACCGAUUGGCAUGCACGGCUUCAGCAAAGCAAGAAGAAACACUACCAUGGAAGGUUGAUUUACAAGCAAUGGCUAGACUAGCGGUAGGAGAAGAAAGUUUACAUAUCAAGGGGAACACACUAGGAUGGGCUACUGAUAUAAAAAAGUAUUUGGAGACAGGAGAACUUCCCUCACCAAGGGAAGAGGCGAGAAAUUUAAAAAGCAGGGCAACCAGGUUUAGCCUCAUUGACGGUGAACUCUACAGGCGGGGUUUCUCAAACCCAUUGUUGCGAUGCGUGACAGAAGAAGAAGCUGAGUACGUGAUGAGGGAAGUACAUGAGGGGAUUUAA